UCCUUUUGCUUUGCUCAUCUUUUGGCCCCUGCGACUCGCCAUCGCCCGUGGGGAGGCGUUCACUGGUUGAAGUGAUGGCGACUGGGACCCCAGAUUCGCAAGCGCGAUUCGGUCAGUCUGUGAAGGGGCUUCUCACGGAGAAGGUGAACACCUGUGGUACUGACGUGAUCGCGCUCACCAAGCAGGUGCUGAAGGGCUCCCGGAGCUCCGAGCUGCUAGGUCAGGCCGCUCGAAACAUGGUACUACAGGAAGAUGCCAUCUUACACUCAGAAGAUAGUUUAAGAAAAAUGGCAAUAAUAACGACACAUCUUCAGUACCAGCAAGAAGCUAUUCAGAAGAAUGUUGAGCAGUCAUCAAAUCUACAGGACCAGUUAAAUCAUCUGUUGAAGUAGAACGUGUUAUGAGAGGGCAAAAGCACUUUGCCUGACACUGAGGAGGAAAUAUCUUACAUAACCACUGUGCUAUGGGUUUGAUUUUCCAUUUUCUUCUUCAAAAGUUAAGUUAGAAUAAGAUCUGUGAUGAUGAACAGUUUCUCCUGAAAGGAAGUUAAGUGAUUGAAUUUUGAAAGCACUUCUUGAAUCAAACCAACCCAUGCUCUUAUUGAAUUUUUAAGUUGCUCUGUUAAUUUGAUAUUAAAGUAAAAUUAAAAGAUGUCUUAGUUUUUCUCAUAGAACUUUAAUAUGUCAAAAGCCAUAUCGUCUAAAUGUAUUUCUUAAGCAAAUACUGAGUAGUGUUUUAAAUUCAGACUUAGAGCUUCUAUUGUGAAUGUAUAAGAAUAAUUAAUAUUGUUUUUAAAGACUAUUUUUUCUUUUAAUCAUACAUUCAGGAAAUAUUUUAAUUUCAUGGUCACAGAAUGGUGAUUAGGUAAUACCUGUUGUUUUCUUUUCUUUUCUAGUACCUAAGAGGAGAUAGUUAUUUUAUUUGUUGUAGCAAAUUCCUACAUGAAAAUUAGGCAAAUGGUAUCAUAUCUGGCCAGCUGCAACCUCCUGCCUUGACCUUCAUUCCUAGGGUUUCUUUGUUGUUGUGACUCUUGAUUAAGUGGCCUUGGGUUCAUUUUGUAAUUUUGCUAGUCAUCAGCAAAUUCACUUGUAUGACAUUAUUGCCAAGUGAGAAUGCAGUUGAGUUACUGUGAUUCCGGUAUAGGGUUGUGCCAUGUAGAAAACCUUAUGUUUAUAGACAUUUACCUAUGUUCAUUGAAUUUAUCUCAUUAAAUGUCAUUACUGUU